GAACGCCUCCCAGGUUGUAGUUCAGUCUGGGUGCCAGGAGGAGGAAGAGGAAGAAGAGGAAGAAGAGGAUGUUGUUGUUAGCUUCAUCGGUGGAGGAGAACAUGCAGUAGCCUCACACACAUCUGGAUAUAUCUUAUAAAGUAAUGGGCUGAUUUCUACUUGUGUUCAAGAUGGCGAGAGAAAGAAAGUGCAUCCUCUGUGAAACAGUCCACUCCGCCAAGCAGGAGAUGGAUGAGCACAUGAGAAGUAUGCUGCACCACCGUGAGCUGGAGAAGCUCAAAGGCCGGGACUGCGGACACGAGUGCAGAGUGUGCAAGGUGACGGUGGUGAGUCUGACCGACUAUGCCAGCCACAUUUCCAGCCCCACACACAAGCAGAACGUGGAAGCCGCAGAGCAAAAGCAUGCUGGGAACGACCGUGACGAGGACUACUUCGACCGGGCGUUGGUGGACCUGAUCGAGAACAGAAAGGAAAAGAUCAGGAAAGAAAAGGAGGCUGCUGCUGCUGCAAAGCUGGCAAAAGAAGAAGAGGAUCGAAAGAGAAAGGAGGAGUUCCAGCAGAAGUUAAAAGAAGCUAAGGAGCGUUACCGGCUGGACUGUGCCUGGAAGCAGCAAUCACAGGCGGGAUUCGGUGGAUCCAGUCACAACAAAACUUGGUACAGGAGCAACCAAUGUAAUGCCAUAGCAGGGGAGGCACAACCCUGGCAGCACAGUAGACAGGGGAAGAGCGCCACCUGGCACGCUCAAGAGCCGCCCAACUUUCAGAAAUGGGCAUCUGGAGAGUUUGGUGCUGUAAACUUCCAUAGCCAGGAAGGUUUGGGUAACAGGCAGUGGGAUCAGGGCGCGAUUUGUGGCAAUCAACGGAGUCGACUGCCCUGGCUCAGCAACGGAGGCAGCAGUAACGGGGUCUAUGGUCGAAACAAUAUUUCCCAGAACCUACAAUGGAGCCGGCCCCUGAGCCUUCUCGGGCCUUGUCCUGCGUAUCCACCUCCACCCAAUUUAUUUGCGCGAGCUCUUAACCCGUUUCAAAAUACAGGCAAUGAGCUGGGCGGUCAGCAGGGUGAUGGGCUUCAGAAUAAGGAGGGGCAAACAGCAGAACCGGACCACAGCAGCAGUAAGAGCUCUAAGACCUUCGGUAGCAAUCCGAAGCUGGACAAAGCCUGUCGCUGGUCACCUUAUCCAGUCACAAAGGGUUCUGAAUCUGUACCCCACAAGGAUGCAAACUCAUUAGAGAAGUCCACGAAAGUCCAUAAUCCCCAGAAACAAGACAAGGCACAGGAAACCAGCGCUUUGAACAGGCAAUCACGACCUGAACAGAAACCGGGGCAGCUGAGCUCGAGUGGACAAAGUGUGGAAGAGAAAGGGAAGCAUAAAAAGAACCCCAAAACCAAACCCAGAGAUGGAAGCAACAGCAGCAGCAGUAGAAGCAGCAGCACUCAGAGAGAUGGCCACCAGAACGCCACAUCUGGUCCCUCCAAUCAGAAGGCAAACAAGCCAUUGCCACAUAAAGAUUGGAAGAUGUCCUCAGUUCCUGGUCUCAACAGCGGAGCACAACUCAGCAGUCAAGCGCACGCACAGUCAAAAUCAAAGCAGAGUGAGUUCAGCCCCCAGGCGCCGCCUGUCGGGCUCCUUCAGUUGAGGAAAGAACAGCAGCUCCUAGAAACGUUCAGGAAAGCGAGAAAGAUUGUGUGCGAAAAGAGAGGCUCUUUGGAUAGCUGUAGAAACAACAGGAUGGAAACGUUGCUGCACAAUGUGGAGGAGCAGCAGAGGGAUCAGAGUCAGAUAGGAGUGAAUAAAGAAAACAGGCAGAGCGCAGCUAAACCAAAUCUGCCUGAGUCUGUCAGGCCAGAAAAGCCCACAUUGCAAUCUUCAGACAGCAGCCAGUUUCUCCAAUCACUGCAAGUCAGCACCUCGACCAUGGAGAGCUCAGAGCCGGCAGCCUCGAGCCGAGGAGACGAGGAGAACAGGAUAAGAGCGGAGAAGGAAACACACCCGGUAGCACCAGAUGAAGCCAUGCAGGCCGGACAGAGCUCCGAGAGCGACACCUCCAGAAGCGGUGAAGCUCAGACGGUCUCCGGGUCAAACGCGGCAGGUCUGUCCAAACUCGACCUGCCUCCCGUCCUGAAACGUGAUCUGACCAAACACAUCAGUUCCAAGAGCAAAACAGGUGGCCACGAGCCUAACCUGAACAUCGCCAGACGGGUGAGAAACCUGAGCGAGUCGCGGAGGAGUGACACGGAAAAGGAUUCCGGACUCAAACCGACUGUACGGCAGCUCAUCAGCUCCUCCGGGUCUCGACGCAACGUGAACUGGGAUCAGGUGUACCAGGAGGUCAGGAAGAAGCAGGACAAAGGGAAAGGCAUGCCAAGGUUUGGGAUCGAGAUGGUGCCAAUCGACCAGGAGGACCAGAGCCAGGAGGACCAGAGCCAGGAGGAAGAGGGCAUUCCCCUGGUGGAGGGUUUCCAGUGGGAGUCGCUGAUGGACAACCCCGCCUCCCGAAAACGCUCCUUAUCAGAAAGCAGCAUCGCUCCUGCGUCCACUCACUCCCUGUUUACAUCCUUCAUGUCAAAGGAGACGGAGCAAAGAGAGGCCCUCAGCUCAGAGCCGCAGGCGUCCUCCGGUUCUCCCAAUCCCAAAGACAAUCAGCGUGAAGAGAAAGAGGUGGAGCAGAUGCUCGGCCAGUUUGAGGCUAAAGCAAAGAAGCAGCCGGAGAAGCUGACCUCUGUGACGGUGAAGGCCCUCCAGCGGUCUGAUUCGGUGCUCGGGGACAGCAGCUCGGGGACGGAGCUGUACGAUGGCCAGGGGACAGGGAAGAGGAGGAGAGCAGCCGGGGACGUUCCAAGUGCAGAGACGUCUUGCUUGGAACACAACAGCAAAAGAAGGAAAGUCAAAUCCAAAAAAGAGCGUUCACAGAUCGACCAGCUGCUGGCUGUGUCUCUGCGGGAAGAAGAGCUGAGUCGCUCGCUGCAGACCAUGGACACAAGCCUGAUCCAGGCCCGUGCCGCGCUGGAGGCCGCCUACAUAGAGGUGCAGCGUCUCAUGGUGGUUAAACAGCAGAUGUCUGGAGAGAUGACCACACUGAGAAACAAGCGCAUCGAGUUACUGAAAGGGAUGCAAGGUGGUUUGGAGGGUGCACCUCAGAUCAAACUGAAAGAAGAAAGGAUGGAUUCAGUAGAAGCUGAGCCACACACGCCCUCCUCCAUGCUGCUCCCCGCUGUCACAGACACUGCUGUUGCUGCUCCUGCUGCUCCCUGUCCAAGUCCUCCUGCCUCCCCUCCCUCCUCCAGCCUUCCCUUCAUGCCCGUAGUUAUCAAGCAGGAGCCUCAGUCUCCGGUCCACGUCAGCUCAGCGAUGGACCCCGUGGACGAUAUGACCCACUGUGCUCACAGCACCACUCCAGAGCAACACACUCUCCAUUUCUGUUCAUCUGAUCCAUGUGCUUCUGAAACUCUUGCAGAUCCUGCCCUUAAUUUCCAGCCAUCUCCUGAGAGAAAGUCUGAGCCGUACCAAACUAACACAGAUCAUAACUGGGAGAACUUUAACACGCCUGCGGACUGCAAAGAGAGCUUGUCAGGUCUGGUUGAGACCAUGGAAAAGGCCAUACAGGCAACCAGGAACUCUCUGCCUGACUCCAAAUCCCCCCUAAAGUCUCUCUUGGCCAGCAGGAGGAGCUCUGAGGUGGGGAGUGUUGUCGACUGCGCAGCCACACCGUCCUUUGAGCCCCCCUCAGCCCCCUCAGUCCUCAACCUGCCUCCCUCUCCGCCUGAACUGAGGAGCGGGAAGCGCGUGAGGAAGCUGAAGAAGAGGAAGGUGUUGAAGAAGGCCCAAGGGACGGAGCAGCCCGAGAGCAGCGACACCGAGAUAGACGGAGAGGGCUUGAGGCCGCGGUGGCCUCGACCACGCAGGAGACCCAGCGGGAGCUCCCAGGUCAGCACCUCCACUCCGCCGUCAGAAGACAGAGAGGGAGACGUGAACAUGGAGCUGGUUGAGGAGGCCUCCAGGCGCCUAUUUCCGACCGACACACUUGAGAAAGAAGACGCCAAACACAUGGUGGAGCUUCCCCAGGCGGCCCCCGCUGAGCUCACGAUGAACCUGGAAUCAGAAGAAAGCAUGGAGGUCACCGCCGCCUGUCAGCAGCAGCACACGGACACCCUGGUUCCAGCUUCCCCUCCGGUCCAGGUCCCAGACUCCUCUAGACCUGAGCCGCAGAGCCUCGCCUGCAACGAGGUCACCUCCACCAGCGACAUGGACGUGUGCCGAUCCUCCGAGAGUGACUUGCCGUUUCCCAUCACGUCGCCCAAGAUAUCAAAGAUCUCAUCAGAUGCGUCCUCUGACCACGGUGAGGAUGAUUUGCCCACUGAGGGUGUGUUCGAGGGCCACCAGGAGGCGGUGAACGCCAUGCAGAUCUACAACGGGCUGCUGUACACGUGUUCAGGAGACCGGACCGUCAAAGCCUUCGACCUGGUGAGCCAUAAAUGUGUCGGUGUGUUUGAGGGUCACAGCUCCAAAGUGAGCUGCCUGUUGGUGUCCGCGGCUCCCAGUCUGCAUCAUCGCCUUUAUUCUGGUUCCAGUGACCAGACCAUCUGCUGCUACAGUCUCAAGACUCGAGAGCUGGAGCAGCAGUUCCAUCUGCCAGACCGAGUCCUCUGCCUCCACAGUCGAUGGAGGACUUUAUACGCCGGUCUGGCAAACGGCACAGUGGUGACCUUUAACCUCAAGACAAACAAGCAGAUGGACGUGUUCGAGUGCCACGGGCCGCGAUCCGUCAGCUGCCUGGCCUCGUCGCAGGAGGGAGCCCGGAGGAUCCUGCUGGUCGGCUCCUACGACAGCACCAUCAGCGUGAGAGACGCCAAGAGCGGCCUGCUGCUGCGCACGCUGGAGGGACACACCAAGACGGUGCUCUGCAUGAAGGUGAUCAAUGACCUGGUCUUUAGUGGCUCCAGUGAUCAGUGUGUCUACGCACACAACAUCCAUACUGGAGAGCUGGUGCGGGUCUACAAGGGCCACAGUCACGCUGUCACUGUGGUGUCCGUCCUGGGGAAGGUGAUGGUGACAGCCUGUCUGGACAAACUGGUGCGCGUCUACGAUCUACAGUCUCACGACCAGCUGCAGGUCUACGGUGGACACAAGGACAUGGUGAUGUGUAUGUCGAUCCACAAGAACAUGAUCUACACCGGUUGUUACGACGGCAGCGUGCAGGCCGUCAAGCUGAACCUGAUGCAGAACUACCGCUGCUGGUGGCACGGCUGUUCGCUGGUGUUCGGGAUGAUGGAGCAUCUGAAGCAGCACCUGAUCAACGACCACACCAGUACCAACUCCCAGACGCUCAAAUGCCGCUGGAAAAACUGUGAAGAGUUUUUCUGUGCACGCAACAGCUCCAAGCAGGGGAUGCCGGUGCACAUGCAGAAACACGCAGCGGAGGAGACUGCACUGGAGCCUUAAGGGCUGCUGGAGGGAACAUCGUUCCUCCCUGAGCCCUCCUCCCUUCCCUGCUACCUUUACCCCCCCCACCUUUAACCUCCCAUAUUGGGGGGGAUGUUUUUGGGACCCACUUAUCGUAGCAGCGCUCCUGUCGAGCCUGACGAGUGACGUCUGACGACUCCAUCCUUUAUGUUCGGUGUUGGAAUCCAACCAUAAUACAAUGAUGAAAGGAGGGUUGGUUGUUGUUGUUUUUUUACGUUCUACAAUAACACGCCUUCCUCUCUUUCUCUCUGUCUGACCACUGCAGUUCCUCUUUUCACUGACCAAAAUAAGACAAAGAAACACGUGACUUUUGUUUAUUGAAGAAACUCCAGCGUUGCCGGUAUCAGAGAGGGUUUGUUCCGCUUUUCUGUUGAAACCGAUUAACCGUCAUAUGGCAUGGGCUAAGAGAUGUUUUUAUUGUUGUAGUGCAGUAGUGAUGUGUCAUGUUGAGCAACCUUUAGCUGUUUUUAUUUUUUGUUUUCUUUUUUAAGUUAUUCACUCGAGGUAACCUUUUUGUUUAGGACAAUAACGAGUGAUUUAAAGUUUUCCCCGGCCGUGUUUUAGUGGAACGGUGUUUGUUUUGAAGGAGUUUCGUUGAAUUAAUUUAUUUUUGGUUUUUAUUUUGUUUUCAGAAAACAUCUUUUUUGUUUCGUUAGCGGUUUAGGAUAAAAUACAUUCAUUUACUUUUUUUGUUUGUUUCGUUGCUCAGUGAUAUGAAGGCGUUGAGGGACUUUGGUGCAGUGUUGUUACUUGGCCUGAAGAUGCCAUUUGAGAAUUUGCAGUGAUAACAGAGCCAAGACGUGGCGAUGAUGAUGAUGAAGAUGAUUGUGUGUGUGAGUGUGUGUGUGUGUGUGUGUGUUCCUACAUGUGUUUAUCUGUGUGGGUUUAUUCUUGUCCACAAAGCGGUUUAACCCUGUUUGAUGAACCCUGUUUUCCAUGAGUGAGUGUGAAUGUUUUUAUGACAAAUUGUCCUUCUUAGGGAUUUUUGGAAAUUUAUUUUAUAAUUGGAGCAUCGAGCAGAAGGCAGCGGAGUUGUAUUUUUUCCACAGUGAAGAUAGUUUUCUAAUGAAGUGUGGAGGUGAAGGAUGUUUCGAGGAGGUAUUCGAUGGAGGAGCUUGAAGGGAAGAAUUAGGAUUCAUCUCCCAUGCCAUACCUCACCCGCUAAAAAAAAAGCCACUUUUUAAAAAAAGGCAUAUUCAACCAGUUUUAAACCCGUGUGAAAUCCCAGCCGGUUGCUCUCUUUGGCAAACUUUGGUGUGGUUGCAGCUCUCUUGGUUGUGUCCUCUGUUGAGGAGUUCACGUUUCUCACAGCCGCCAUCUUCCAAACAUCCGCUAACGUCUGAGAAAAGCGAGCAGUUCACCUCUCCUUACCUGGCAUUCCUGAGUUUCUUCAAGUUUUUUCAGUUGUUAUCAAAGAUAUUUUUUAAGAAAGUGCAAUCAAAGACAUUGUUAAUAAUAAUAAUAA